AUGAAGGAUCUGGGCCCGUUGCGGUAUUUUCUUAGUAUUAAGGUGGCUUUUUCUCCCAAGGGUUACUUUUUGUCCCAAGCUAAAUAUGCUAACGAGGUUAUCCAUCGUGCCAAACUUACUGACACUAAGCUUUUUGAUACCCCCAUUGAGCUUAAUAUAAAGCUCAACACUACUGAUGGUGUUCCUCCAGACGAUCUUACAUUAUAUCGCGAGCUGAUGGAUUGCUUAGUCUAUCUGAUAGUUACUUGCCCUAAUCUUGCCUAUGCUGUCCAUGUGGUUAGUCAGUUUGUUUCUACUCCUCGCUCUUCACAUUGGGCUGCUUUGCUUCGGAUUCUUCGCUAUCUUUGUAGCACCAUCUUUCAAGGCUUGCUAUUCUCUUUUACUUCUUCCUUAGACUUGGUGACUGAUGCUGAUGCUGAUGCUGAUUGGGCUGGUGAUGUUAAUGAUCGUAAAUCUACUUUUGGUUUCUAUAUGUUUCUUGGCGAUUCCCUGAUUUCUUGGAAAAAUAAGAAACAAACUAUUGUUGCCCGUUCUACUACCGAAGCUGAGUAUCGUACUAUGGCUCAUGCUACUGCUGAAAUUGUUUGGCUUCGUGGUCUCUUAUCUGACUUGGGCAUUCCGCAGUCUUCCCCGACCUCUCUCUAUUGUGACUAA